AUGGAUCAAUUUCCUGCCUACAUCCUGCCUGACGGUCAAACAAACAAUAGCGAACUAUACAUGCUUGUAGAUACGACUCUGCCCCAAGGACAACUGGAUCUUACUGGGUACGAAGACUUCAUGGGAUUUCCAUAUCCCGUAUCCCUAGGUGGCGAGCCUAUGGACGGGACCACAUCUACUCACCUCUUCCCAUCUAUGCCACGUCCAGAGAUGCAAACGAACGAACCUCAUCUUUCUCCGCGCGGGCCUGGGAAUCAUAAUUUGUACAAGCAGCAACAGGGGCUCUUCCACGGCCCAAACCAACCCCCGACUCCGCCUUUUACAAGCCCUCAUAUCAAGUCGAGUUUGUCAUUAGGCCUGACGAACAGCCAAUAUGCUUCUAGCCCAAACAAGAAGAACCAGGAUAUAUCAAUAAGCAGCUCAUACGCAACAGAUGAUGUACUUGGUGAACUCGUGGAUGUCCUGGCCCGGCCAGAUGCCUGGGAUGGGCUACCCAGUAACAAGAGCGAUAGUACUAUGGCCUUGUCACAUGACGCUCGUGAUCGACUAGUGGCCACUGUGCAGUUGCUGCUCCAACGUGCGCUGCAGAUUGGCAGCUCGCCAUCAUCAUCGACCGAAGGCCUUUUUGGCCGCAUCGUAUCGCUGCCUCCGUCGCAUGUACUAAUACACUUUAUCGAGAUCUACACAGCACGCAUUGACUCGGUUCAACCCUACCUUGGUCUCCCUGGCUCCCCUACCGCUAACAUCCAAGACAUUUUGAAUAUUGACGCGGUCGACGUAGGCAUGUUGCUGAUCAUUCUCGUCAUUACACAUGGCGCUAUGCUUACAGAUCACCAUGAGUCACACGUAUUCGCUUAUGGUUUGAUUGAGGUGUGCAUGGUGGCACUGAACCAUGUUCUCGAACGCCGAUGCAUAUCACAGGCAAUGGUGGGAGGCAUUGCAUUGCAAUUACUCACACUCUGUGUGCGAAGUGGGAAGAGUUCUUUUAUUUCGUAUGCCAUGUCAAAACGAGGCCAGUACCUGAGUCUGUUGAAGAGCAGUGGAAUUCUAAAUCCCGAGCCCGGGUUCAACGACCACGGCUUAGAUAGUGAGAGCCGAUGGGAGAGAUGGAAAGAGAUUGAGACAAAAAAUCGCCAUGUACAUGCAUGGGUCUAUGUGGACCUUGAGACAAGCUUGCUUCAUGAUGUUCCUCCUGUACUCUCAAACUGCGAUUUGCAAGUACCUUUACCCAAUGAUAGCAAUCUCUGGAACGCACAAUCGUACAACGACUGGAUUGGACAGCCUGGUGCAAACGAGAUCCAAAUGGGCCGCGAGCUACCGUCACUAAAUGGUCUCUUCCGGAGUUUUCUCCAAGGUCGACUAACAGGUAGUGAUGAUGUACCUCCAUAUCACCUGCGUCUCCUUCUCCACCCCCUACAAGCCAUGGUCUUGGAACAGCAACAGCUUCUUCGCAUCUUCGAUAACGAUGAAUCGACCAACAGGCAUCGUGUCCUUUCCAAGACUAAAGUAUUGGGCCGCCUACAAGAGACACAGGGUUUGGUUCAAGACUUGGCUACACUUCUCAAUCGACAUUCGCAGGCCACCAUGGACAGCGAGAACAAACCUUGGACCGUACCAGUGGAUUGGACGGGCAUAAUCAUGCUACAUCUGGUUAGCUUAAAUGUAUACACAAGCAUCCCUGACAUUGAGAAAUGUGCCAAAGAGGAGCCUCCAUCAUCAGCAUCAGCAUGCGCUGAGAUGUGGAGCCGAGUACGCUAUCCCGAAGAAGGGAACUAUGUCUUGUUCCAUGCUGGCCAGAUCUUCCGGCUGAUCGACAAUCUACCGGUCGACGCGCGACCCAUAUGGUGGCCGGUGGCGAUCUACCGGGCAUCCAUGGCCUGCUGGUCGCUUAGGACAAUAGAGCGAAUCAAUACAGGGAUCCAGUCCCGGGAAGUGGGUAUUGACGCACUUCUACCCAGCGAUGAGGAACGCUUUCUCAAUACCCCUGCAGUCACCCCGGUCGUCACAUUCCCAGACAACAGACGGUUACCAAUAUUUGAGGGUGGCAACAGCUUGCUUUGUUGCAUCAGCAAGCUGGAGAAUCAUCCCACGCAUCUUGUCAGCAGUGUGCUUGAAAAGGCUCGGUACUUCCUCCAUAGAUGGAGCUGA